AUGGCUACCGCAGAAUCUGAGGACGAAUUAUUUGAAGCCGCAUUAAGAGAUGCGGAAGAAGCCGCAAAACCACAACCAAAAAAGAAGCAAACUGUAAGUAAGUCGCAAACUGAAAGUAAGAGGAAGAAACUACUGGAGCUGUCAAAGGACGGACUUGUAGAGAAAUCCGCAGGGUUCAUAAGAAAGUCUAACAAAAACGUUAUAGAUAAAUUGUACGAUGAAUAUGAAAACCAAAGGAUGUCAUGUGCAAGUUACUUUUUAUCGACCCUCAUUAUUUCAAAGUUUGCGUCGGUACUAGGAAGUUUCAAUGCAGUGGAAUCAUCAGAGAAACUAUCUGAGGAACUACUCAGCGACAAGCUUCUGAAGGAUGACGUGGUAUACCUCACCAGAACGAUAUCCCCUAACAUUCCAUUCAUAGGACUCAUAUCAGGGGGAUGCACAACAGCCAAGCAUGUAGCCAAUCAUAAGUGGAAGAAAGAGGAGGUAUCCAAAGAAACUAAACGUACAUAUCUUAUUACAUACAGAAUGCCCAAAUCGGAGAACCGUUCGAAUGGGGAAACUCCUGCGAAGGAACAGAGUUUGAAGUCAUAA